GGCAACAAGCAACAAAAAUAUCAAUAACCACAUCGAACGAAAUUUUUUCCUUACUGAGGACUGUCGAGAAACGAAAAUUUGUAAAACAUUUUUACUCCACGGCAUUUGCUUCCAACCACCCAUCCGCUUUAUAUUUCGUAUAAUCUUUCGCCAUGGAUGAGUUCGGAUGUUUCGACUACAAGACGCCGGUAACGGAAAACACACAGGAUAUGCGCACUUCCUACUAUCGCUCGCACCGCUAUCUCACGGAUUUGCGUUUGGGAAACAAAACGAAUGCCAGUUUCCAUGAUCCCGAAAUCUAUGUUAGCGAUCCCCUGAUUCACGAGAAACUACGUUCGGACUAUGGCAGGAAUUACGAGUGGAAGUACAUCGAUCCGAAUACGAUACGCAAUCCAACGAUGAACAUGAAAAUGCAAUUUAUGAAGCCCUUCGAGCAGGGUCAAUUACGUUUCAUUAAGCGCCCCAUUAAGCCCAUGAGCAGCGUUACCCAGGACACCUACGGGUGGACUCAAUUGCCGAGGGAACCGGACCCUUCGCCCAUUUACAUGCCCACGCCAGUGGAGGCCACCAAACUGGAGCUGGAUCGCUCGAAGAUAAGUGAUAGCAAGUAUCUAGACCCCUCGGCCACCACAUACAACUUGUCCUAUGUACACUACCAGCCACGUGACAUACAGCGGGGAAUCGCGGCGCAGGAUAAUAUUACAUUUUGGAAUUGGAAUGAACUGUUUCCGGUGGGGAAACGCGUGAUUUCUGGAGCGGAUGAACAGAUGUGUGACGAUUUUCCAGCUAAAAAGUGCCCCAAACGCCGCUGUGAGUACCAGAAUCAGCUCAAGCCUGUACCCCACACCGGCCAAAUUACCGAGAUGCGUCAAAAUUAUCGGGAUCCCAAGUAUCGUGACGAUUACAUUGAAUUCGAAACGACAGAUGUAAGGCCGCUGUUCCUAAGCGAUGAGGCCCAAAGGAUUCCACAGGCCAAGGUCUGUGAGAAUUCUCUGUAUGGCUCUGGCGAGCCAGUGGCAAGAUAUGUUUAAUUUUCUAUUUCGAUUUCGACCAAAUUCCAUGCGUAGUAAAAAUUUGAUCUAAAAAACGUCGCGCAAACAGUGCACGAAAUAUAUUUCGGAUUUUUUUUUUCAAACGCAA